AUGGCGGUCCAUUUUCUGUGUGGACAUUUCGUUGUCGAAGAGAAGAGAUCGCUUUUUAUCAAGCUUCUGCCCAUCAGGAUAGCCGCAAGGAAGAGCAUAGGACGACACGGUCAUGUCGGAACCAAGAUUCGACAACUGCUCUACGCCUAUGGUGACACGACUCCUCAUUCCAAUUUCCCCCAGGAACCCAACGCUGAAACAGUUCGCGUGCUGGAUGAAAUUGUGACCGAUUUCAUUAUUGAGACUUGCCACGAAGCGGCCCAGGUCGCCAACUAUUCAAACCGACAAAAAGUCAAGGCCGAUGACUUUCGUUUCAUUUUACGACGAGACCCCGUCAAGCUCGGUCGUGUGCAGGAGCUAUUCCGCCUUGAACGUGAGCUCAAAGAAGCAAGAAAGGCUUUUGACCAAAACGAUGACCGAUUGGGUGGCGGCUUAAAGGAGGCCUCCAAGGCGGAAUUGGCUGACUUGGCUGAUGCGGCUGGCAUACAAGACGACACACUCUCAAAAGAUGGCACUUCGGUCCCAAGAACCAAGGGGAAGCGAGGGAAGUAUAAAAAGCGCAACACAACGGACCCGUCUGCUGGUAAUACAGGCAAGAAACGUAAGCUAGGUUCUAUUGAUGGCGGUCUAUCUUAA